AUGGAUGCAUAUGUUCCCAUUUUACUCGUUUCAAAUUAUGGUGUCAUUAUUGCUAAUGAGUCAGGAUAUGUAACGCAAGAGAUAAAGAAAGAAUAUGUCGAAUGGCUUCUAGGACAAUUUAAGAAAACAGAUAAAAAGCUGCUUUUAGUAGACAAUCACAUAUCCAAUUAUUUCUUUGACGAAAAAAAACUUUGUGAUGAGAAUAAUCUUAUCAUAAUGACGUUCCCAUCAAACCUGACUCACAUUCAACGAGAAGCUCAAUUUAUUGGUUAA